CCGACGUCGGGCAACACGGGCAUCGGCUUGACCUCAUGGCAGUCCCUUGUUCUCUUGUGUCCCUCUGGACCUCUCCCUUUCCUCCCCAGAGCGUGCUGGUUGAGCCGACGUCGGGCAACACGGGCAUCGGCUUGACCUCAUGGCAGUCCCUUGUUCUCUUGUCCGACGUCGGGCAACACGGGCAUCGGCUUGACCUCAUGGCAGUCCCUUGUUCUCUUGUGUCCCUCUGGACCUCUCCCUUUCCUCCCCAGAGCGUGCUGGUUGAGCCGACGUCGGGCAACACGGGCAUCGGCUUGGCGUUCAUAGCAGCGGCGAGGGGCUACAAGCUCGUCCUCACCAUGCCCGCCUCCAUGAGCCUCGAGCGCCGCGUGCUGCUCAAGGCCUUCGGGGCCGACCUCGUUCUCACGGACCCUGCCAAGGGUAUGAAGGGCGCUGUGGCCAAGGCGGAGGAGAUUGUGAAGGGCACCAAGAACGCCUACAUGCUGCAGCAGUUUGAAAACCCCGCCAAUCCCAAGGUGCACUUUGAGACAACGGGGCCUGAGAUCUGGGAGGACACUAACGGGCAGGUGGACAUCCUUAUAGCGGGGAUAGGCACGGGCGGCACCGUCACUGGCGUGGGACGCUACCUGCGCAGCAAGAAGCCUGGCGUCAAGGUGCGUGUGAUUGUACCGAGGGGGAGAGGGGGCGCUAGCACUAGUAUGUGUCAAUGUCCGCACUGGUAUGGGCGUUUGAAGAGCAACCUGUUUCUGUCCGCACUGGUAUGGGCUUUUUCCACCAGUCUUUAUCUUCCCUUCUUCCCUGUCCCCGCUUCCUGCCUACCCCCUUCCCACCCGUUUUUCCACCUUCCCGGAAGGUGGAAAAACGGGUGGGAAGGGGGUAGGCAGGAAGCGGGGACAGGGAAGAAGGGAAGAUAA